AUGGCCGUAAACCGGUCCAUCUUCCGCCGAGUGCUGGCGGUAGCCGGGUCCGGUGGCGCCGAGCUGGUCCCGUGUCUCGCCGCGCUCGGGCUGGUGCUCCUACAGGUCGGCGCAGCAGUCAAUAUCUGGAACUCCCGCGAGCGAGGGCAGUUCAACUUUUCGCCGUCUUCGAGCUUAACGAUAUCCGAGUUUUUGAGGUUCUUGAUUGCGACACUGUUAUUGAAACGCGAGGUUCGCAGACGAAAUGCCAGUGCCGAAUACUCAUCGCUGGGCAACGGGUCGGAGGAUUUGGAUCUUGGCGGUGACGAGGAAGGACGGUCAUCUGGCGAGUACGCCGCGGAGAAGCUAUCGCGACAAGCUCCACGCAUGGGGGGUGCGAGGGCACUCUGGCGUUAUGUCUGGGGAGACACAGACUUGAGGUUCGGACUGAUGAGGAUUGCUUUACUGCAAAUGCUCAGUAACAACUUGCUGUUUCUCAACUACUUGGUCACCGACCCAGGCACUGUCUCCAUCACGAAGAGCGGUAUCGCGGUCGCAGCUGCUCUUGUCACGACGCCCGCCCUUGGACUUAGGGGCCCAAAGACUCGAUGGAUGGCUUUCUUGAUUCAGACGUCAGGCCUGGUACUCUCCCAAUUCUAUCCGCAACAUCGCACGAGGGCGUCGACAUACCAGCUUCCCCUCUACGUCAGCAUCGUCGGCCAAGCUAGCUUCAGUGCCUUGUCCGACAUUCACAGCGAAAAGCUUUUGAAGGGUACCGACCUCAGCCCGAACGGCGCAAGCAUUGUGCUGGGAGCUUUCGGUGCUAUCCUCAACUUGUUCGUGCACGCGCUUGUGCGACUAUACAGCUCCUUCGAACCUACUUUCUUCGGCGGCUACGACAGCAAGGGCUUGUCCGUGGUCUUUUUGACCACUUUGACGGCCUUGGCUAGUACUGCAGCACACAAGAAGGUCGACUCGUGGGUGAGAUGGUUCAUCAACGACAUCACUAGCGUCGUGUUGAUGCUUGUGUCCGCGCACUUCUUCCUGUCGCGAUACAGCAUGUUUCUUAUACCCGGCACAGCGCUCAUCUUCAUCGCUUCACUUGCAUACAUGAAGUAUGCCCCGUUGAAAGAGUACAUCAGCUCGUCUCCAGUGGAUGACUCCCCGAACACUUUUGCGCCGCCUCCCUCCUACAAGAAAGCUAAGUUCGGCCUUCUUACACUUGCCAGCUUUCUUGGUGCAGGCAUUAUCCCCUACGCAACCCUCUCCGAACUCCCGCAUACCCCCGAAUACCGACUCGUCAUGAGGGACGACACCGACGGACACUGCUCGACACCACCGGCGGAAAUCAUCACGCCGUUCACGGAUAAGCAAGAGCCGUACAAGAUCUCCACAGGACCCGGCAACCUCACCGCCUCACCUUUUAGCAACACACUCGCCAUGAUUCGCUGGAACGCGAAGCGCAUGGAGCGCGUACCCCUCCUUAUGAAGUACAAGCCCUUCUACCACACUGUCCACAUCUCCAUGCCAGAGAUGAUCGAGGAUAAGCCCGAAGACUGGCACAACCUGACACACUCUCAAUACGCGCAUCACGAGACGAUCUAUAUGCAAGUCGCCAGGACGAUGAAGCUCAUUCUCGACGAGCAACCGGACAUCGAAGGCCUCAUGUACUUCCACUUCGACUCCUGGAUCGACCCGAUGGCUUGGGUCGACGAGAACCGCGAGUCCAUUUGGUUCCCGACAUCUCACAACACGCGGCAAUUCGAGGGCGACGGCCCGCGGUACAUGUGUAUGACCGACUGGCAGAAGUUCCCCCAGUGGUGGGGAUGGUAUCAUAAGUGGAACGAGAAGGCUGUCACCGUCAACGGCGAGAUUAUCCGGAUGAACCGCGGCUACACGAUCGAGGAGGAUGAGUUCUGCGUGGGCUGGUCGGAUAUUUUCUACAUUCCCCGACGAUUCUUUGCCGACUUUAUUUUCCUGUCAUCCGUGUAUGGUUGCGCAGACCUGUUCCACGAGGUCGCUAUCCCGACGAUGCUCAAUAUCAUUGACCGGAGCCGGAGGAGCGAGAAGGCCAAAUUCCAGUCGGUAAUUGACCGAAUUGGAGAUUGCUGGGGAGGAUGCUGCGAUGAUUCGGCGACGGCCCAUGACGUCAAGUGGACAAGGUGUGGUCACAGGUUGAAUUACUUGAAUCAGGAGGUGAUUGAUGCGCAUUACAGCCGGUUGGACGAGCAAACUGCAUGGCUUGGCCAGGCUGAGAGACAAAAGUCUGGAGGUGAGAGGCGUUGA